AUGGAAGACGAGCUCGCCAUGGACAUGGAGAGAUGUGUCGGGACGCUGCCCGAGGAAGCCGCUCUCGUGCUCGCCAUGGAUAUCGGUCGACUUGAAGCGGCCGAGGUGGACGCCGCCGUCGGUGUCGAGGAUGACGAGGCAUAUGACGAGUACGCGCUCGCGCUUGCGCCCGGGGUCGAAGUCGAAGUCGAGGUUGAACUAGUGGAGGUCGACAUUGGGUGGCCGCCCGAUUGUCCCGGCGGGCCCGAAGGUACCCCUGUUGUUCGUUGA